ACGUUGCACUUAACGUCGGAAAAAAAGAAGGCCUCGAGGAGCCUCGAGGACUGAUAUGCAACCGAUCACAAUGGAAUGCGUGACUACUUAUUUCUUCAAUUCGAAACUGGAUGGGCCCCACACCUUAACCUGAGUGGAACAUCAUCACGACAUUUCUUGCACACUGUAGCGCAUCGUCACCUUGACCAGACUCAAUCAGCCAUCCAUCCGUCUCAUAACUCCAUCGACGAUGUCUGAUAUCGAUGAAUCGUUCAUACCUUCCCCGCCCUCCGAUUUCUAUGAAACGGAGCCAGAUGAAGCUCCUCCCCUGCAAGUAAGAGUGCGCGUGCGGCAUGAGGCAGAUGCCCAAAUACCGCUCCGCGCAGUGCGUUAUUCAUCUCGCAAAAAGCGUUGGGCUCAGACUUCCAACUGCGCCAGAGGCGUCAGGGAGCCCCUACCAUCUACUGUCCGCCUCGUGACAUGGAACCUCGACUUCGCAGCUCCCGAUAGGAUGAAACGGCUCCUUGCUGCCCUCUCCUACAUCCAGCAACACGUUCUUGACUGCAGGACCACUAAUGAACGGCCUGAACCAUGCUGCAUCCUAUUGCAGGAAAUACAUGAGUCAGUUUUCGCACAGAUCCUCAAUGCCGAAUGGGUGCGACGCUGUUUCAUAGUUGUUCCCGCUAGCGUGGACAAGUGGCCAGACCAAGCAAAGUAUGGAAAUGUCACACUGGUCUCCCGCACAAUUCCCGUAGUCAAUGUCUUCACCAUCGCAUUCAGCAACUCUAAGAUGAAACGCAAUGCCAUAUUCGUUGAUAUUAAACUGAGCGCCCCAGCUCACGAAGACGAACCUCGCCUAUCAGGGGGCAUCAUUACCCUGCGCGUUGCAAACACGCAUCUUGAAUCGAUGCUAGAAGGAGCCGCGGCACGGCCCAGGCAAUUGAAACUCAUCGCAGCUGCAUUGCGUGGGAGGGGAAUAUCCGGGGGCAUUGUCGCAGGGGAUAUGAACGCUAUCAGCCCUACUGAUGAGACGAUCGUGGAUGCAGCCGGGCUGUAUGACGCCUGGGAAGGUGAUGAUGAAGAGGAAGGCUUUACCUGGGGAUACCAGACUCAUGAACAAUUACCGCCUGGAAGGUUAGACAAGGUGCUCACUACCAGUCAAGAGGGUUUCGUUGUGGACCAGCCAGAGAGGAUAGGGAUUGGUGAGGUGAUUGGGAGGGGCAAAUGGGUGAGCGACCACUAUGGACUGGUAACACGCGUGCACAUUGUGCGGGAAGAUUGAAGAGAUAACGAAAGAACCAGCUGGAACUGCGGAAGUAGCAUCAAUCGGGCCCGGCCCUAUCUGAUGUAUUUUUACUCUAUCAACGACAUCCCGAAUAACGAUUCAACGAGCGUCCAGUGUUGAACGAAAAUUCAAAACUGAUUCUACUAGUAGCCAUGAGUGACUUGCGACAGAAAUUAGGUUGAAGCUAUGCAUGGGAUGAACUUGGAGGAGCACUUACUUUGUACAUAGCACUUUAUCUGAUGUUGGUUUGAUCAAAUUACCUGUAAGGUGGAGUUGGCGUGGCGUGUUUGGAAGCUAGUGAUGAUGUAAAUAAGAAGUCGGGCAAAUAAAUAAAAAAUCUACAACCUUUUUUCCACGC